AUGGAUGACAUAGCUCUUACAUUGAAUGAUCUUCUUCAUGCACCGGAUAAGGCUGAACAAGCUUUAGAGGAUUUGAGUGCUGAGCAAAUUGCCAUGAUUGAACAAACCAUUCGUCGUGUCAAGAAGAGGAAGCUCGAACAACGAGAGGAUGAAGAGUACAACCCACGACCUGCUUCAAGGCCACGUACCACCACAAAGUGUAAUAACGCCAGCCGUAGUGAGCCUGUGGUUGAGAUUCGCGAUGGCAUCGAAUGGGUAUCUUUUGUGUAUUCUCAUAACCGCGUUGUCAAGAGGUAUUCAAUUCGCACCGAUAUCCAAAAUGUCUCCCUUGAUUCCUUGGAUGAGAAUUUCAAACUUGACAACUGUGUAUAUCCACGCGCCAAUCUUCCCAAAGAUACUUAUCGUGGUAAUCGGUGGAACUAUGAAACCGAAUGUAAUCGUCUUGGAUGGAAGCUGGCAUGGUUAAACAAGUCCGAGAUUGCUGGAAAGCGUGGCCUCAUUCAGCGUGCUGUUGAUUCAUAUCGCAAUCGAACACCAAGUAUGCGGUCACGUCGUGUAGCUCGACAAGCCAAAUUGCUCAAUGGCACCUUGCGAAAGCGUAAACAGCAGCCCUCACAACAAGAGGCACCACCCACACCAUCUGCAUCCGAAGCUGAGGAGGAAGAAGAGGAUCAUUGUGUUUUCCCUACAUCGCUUGCAGCUGCUACAGUCAAGUCUGCACAUUCACCAAAGACCCUCAUCAUUGUGGAUGAGACGAACAACCGUAUACGUAUCAAGAUUAACGUUGAUGGUGUAUCCUUGGAUAACAUUCCUCUUGAUUUUCGACAAGCCAAUACGGUAUUUCCUCGUGCCGCAUCUUCGAAUCAUAGUGAUCCUCAACGCUACAUUGAAGAAAGCAUAUGCAAUGAGCUUGGAUGGAAGUUGGCAUGGCUAAACCCGCGUUUUUUGGCCAACAAGAAAACUUUAUUACAACGUGCCAUGGAUAUGUAUCGCACCAAGUUUAUGCCUGCCUUUCAACCUCGUCGUCGAAACACCAGCCCUCCUUCACCAUCCAUUGAUACAAUGUCAGCAUUGCCAUCUUCUACAGCAUCAUCAACACCAUCAAUACAACCAUCCACACCUCCACCGAUAGAAACUACAGCUCCUCAUCAAUCUCAGCAAGUAGCUUAUUCACCUUCAGCAACCGAAUCGUCACUUGACGAGGAUCUUGUGCUACAACACCCCAACAUUGUUCCUGAUUUGCUGACAGCUAAUGGCUUGCUUGAUCCAUGCUUGAUGCUUAGCAAUCCAUACAUCCCGCCGCCUCCACCUUUAUCCGAUACCACUCAACUUGACGAGCCAUGGUUCAAAUUAGAGCAAGACGACUACAACAUCUCUCAUUACAUUUCAUAUGAUAACCUGUUUUAA